AUGGAUGAGUUUAAUAUCAAUAACAACAGUUUUAAUGAUUAUAUCAAUGAAGAAACCUUUCAAGAUAUUCAAGAAAAUAUUAUUUCUUAUGUUGAAACUUAUGGAGAAACUUAUGGAGAAGAA